AUGAAGAGUUGGCCACUUUCUCUUCUUUUCCUCUUUAGCCUCUUGUCUCUCUCCAUUGCAGGAGACACCAUCACCCCGAACACCCCACUCAGCGAUGGCCAAACUUUGGUUUCAGCAGGUGGGAACUUUGAAUUAGGCUUCUUCAGCCCAGGCAAUUCGAUGAAUAGAUACUUGGGCAUUUGGUACAAGAAGAUCUCAACUCAGACAGUUGUUUGGGUUGCCAAUAGAGAAGCUCCACUGACUGACAAUUCCGGAAGUCUGAACAUCAGCAGCGAUGGAAAUCUCAUCAUCUCCAAUCAGGCAGCCAAGGUUGUCUGGUCGACAAGUUCAUCCAAAGCGAGCAGUCCAGUGGCACAGCUCUUAGAUACCGGGAAUUUUGUUCUGAAAGAAGGUAACAAUCAUUCAUAUAGCUUGUUGUGGCAGAGUUUUGACUACCCAUGUGAUACGUUGCUUCCAAGAAUGAAACUUGGAUUGGAUUUUACAACUGGUCUUGACCUAUAUCUUACCUCAUGGACGAGCACUGAUGACCCUUCGCCAGGGGACUACUCAUUCAAGCUCGAUCCUCGUAGAUCACCAGAAUUCUUCAUAUGGAAGCAAUCGACAAAAGAGUAUCGAAGUGGGCCUUGGAAUGGGAUUCAAUUCAGUGGUGAGCCUGAGAUUCAUUCUGGCAACUACUUCACCUUUGAAUUUUUCGUUAAUCCACAAGCAAUGUAUUACAUGUAUGAAGUUGUAGACAGCUCGAUCAUUUCAAGGUUUAUACUGAACCAAUCGAUGGUUCAACGAUAUGUUUGGUUUAACUCAUCGGUAGGGUGGAGCCUCUAUAGGUCAAUACCAAAAGACCAAUGCGAUUAUUAUGCUGAGUGUGGUCCUUAUGGCAUUUGCAACCCGAAUGAGUCGCCAAUCUGCAAGUGUCUUCAUGGAUUCAGUCCCAAGUCACCACCAGACUGGAAUCUCAGAGAUGGGCAAGAUGGGUGCGUGCGGAAUACAAGGCUGGAUUGCCAAGGAGAUGGAUUUCUAAGACUGUCUCAUGUCAAGUUGCCAGACUCCUCAAACUCCACUGUGAACGAGAGCAUGAGCAUUGAGCAGUGUCAGGAAACCUGCUUGAAUAAUUGCUCAUGUAUGGCUUAUGCAACUGCUAAUAUCAGUGGAGGAGGCAGUGGUUGUAUUACUUGGGGAGGUGAUCUGAUAGAUAUUAGGCAAUUUGUUGAUGGUGGGCAGGAUCUCUAUGUUCGUCUUGCAGCAUCCGAACUGAGCUCAACUGGAGGCGACCCGAAGAAGAAGAAACAAGCGAUAGUUAUUAUCGUUGUAAGUAUAGCAUGUGGGCUGCUGUUAUUGGUGGCAAGUGGAUGUUCAUCUGGCAUAAGAUUUUCAACAGUCAUAUUAGGUGGUCCAAGGCAGCUGUCUUUUGACUUUGCUCAUACUGCAUUACGUCUUGGUCAAGACCACCAGCCAGAAAAUGAAGGUAACAGAGAGAAAGAACUGGAACUCCCCCUGUUUGAACUAAGCACCAUAGUGAUGGCCACAGACAACUUCUCUAUCGCCAAUAAGCUUGGUGAGGGUGGUUUUGGCUCUGUUUACAAGGGUGAACUUGAGGAUGGGCAGGGCAUAGCUGUGAAGAGGUUGUCAAGGCAUUCGCUCCAAGGCACUGAUGAGUUCAAGAAUGAGGUUAUGUUGAUCGUCAAACUUCAGCAUGUAAAUCUUGUUAGACUGCUUGGUUGCUGCAUUCAAGGAGAAGACAGGAUGCUAAUCUAUGAAUACAUGCAUAAUAGAAGUCUGGACACCAUUAUAUUCGAUAAAACCAAAUCCACACUCCUGACUUGGCAAAAACGCUUCAGUAUCAUUGUACGGAUCGCCCGUGGACUUCUUUAUCUUCAUCAGGAUUCCAGGUUCAGAAUCAUCCACAGGGACCUCAAGGCUAGCAACGUUCUUCUAGAUAAAGACAUGAACCCCAAAAUAUCAGACUUCGGCAUGGCAAGAAUAUUUGGAGGAGAUCAGAGUGAUGCAUAUACCAAGAGAGUGGUUGGAACAUAUGGGUAUAUGUCUCCAGAGUAUGCCAUGGAUGGUGUUUUCUCUGUGAAGUCAGAUGUUUUUAGUUUCGGUGUCUUGGUGCUUGAAAUCAUAAGUGGCAAGAAGAACAGAGGAAUUUAUAAUACUGAACCCAACCUAAGCCUCCUUAGUCAUGCUUGGAAGCUGUGGAAGGAAGGAAAGAGCUUCGAGUUGUUGGAUGAAUCUUUGGAGGACUUGCAUAGAAUUUCUGAAGUCCUGAGGUGCAUACAAGUGGGUCUCUUAUGCGUUCAAGAGCAACCCAGAGAUAGACCAAUGAUGUCCUCAGUUAUCAUGAUGUUGGCUACUGAAAAUGCUACAUUGCCAGAACCAAAGGAACCUGGUUUCAACACUGAAAGAGGCUCAGUUGAUAUCACAACAUCUAUGGAUAGUAUGAAUUAUUUAACAGCAAUGACGGUGCAGAAUACAUAG